UUCUUCAAAUCCGAAACCCAACCCCACAAAAAUCAGAGAUGAACUAUGAGACAGAACCCCUGGGAGGAUUUUAUCCCAAUCUUCAAUUCUGUUCUCCUCUGCUCACGCUUCUAACCUUUCUCUCCGACAAUGGCUUCCUCUUCUCUUUCCGCCUGUUGUCAUCUUAGCUCUUCUUUUUCGAAGAUUAAUUCUAAUGAUGGUAGUAGUAAUGUCAACGUUAAGCUGUUCUCUUCUCUUUUGGCUUCUCCUAUUAGCUUGUCUUCAAAUCCCAAACUUUCUCUGCAAUUCUUUCAUAACAAAUAUUCCCCACUUCUUUCCUUAACUCCCCGGCGUCUCUCAGUCAUUGCAAUGGCUCCCCCUAAGCCUGCUGGAAAGGCCAAGAAAGUUGUUGGGUUGAUAAAGCUGGCUCUAGAGGCGGGGAAGGCAACUCCUGCUCCUCCUGUUGGUCCAGCGCUUGGUGCUAAGGGUGUGAACAUUAUGGCUUUUUGUAAAGAUUACAAUGCCAAAACUGCUGAUAAAGCUGGUUACGUCAUUCCUGUUGAAAUUACUGUCUAUGAUGAUAGAAGCUUCACUUUCAUUUUGAAAACACCACCUGCCUCAGUUCUGCUGCUUAAGGCUGCAGGCGUGGAGAAAGGUUCUAAAGACCCAAAGAUAGAGAAAGUGGGUAAGAUCACAAUUGAGCAAUGUCGUGCGAUAGCUGCUGAAAAGUUACCAGACUUGAAUUGCACCACAAUUGAAUCAGCAAUGAGAAUUAUAGCAGGUACUGCAGCUAACAUGGGGAUUGAUGUUGAUCCGCCCGUUCUAGAACCCAAAAAGAAGGAAGUCUUGUGAUCCUGUUAAUUCUUUGUUGUUUUGAUAUUAUCAUGCUGUACGUAGAAUAUCAUUCAUUGCAAGACAGGUUUUGAUGCUCAUGGCCUCCGUUACUGUCCUUUUCUUGAGCUUUUAGAUCUAAAAAGCCUGACUUGUGACUAGAGCUUUAUUUGGGGGAAAAGAAAAACAAAAGCAGCACAAAGAAGGUGAAACAUUCAUCUCUAUAUCAUAACGAUCACAAGUGAGUUUAAUA